AUGCUGACCGGCGGACCGACCCUCCGCCACCACGACCCGAUGCGACUCGUCGGCGCGAGGCACCUUCCGCAACUGAUGUCCCUGGAGGACCACGAGCCCACCCUGGUGGAAGGGACCCUGGGGCCGCGCAACUCCACGCCGCCCGGGGAGCAAGGGGCUCCGGGGGGUCCGCAGCAGCAGUCCUUCCCCUGGGUGGCGACCCUGCUGGCCGGCGUCCUGAUCACGACCAUCGUGGUGGAUGUUAUCGGGAACCUGCUGGUCAUCGUGUCCGUGUUCCGGAACAAGAAACUCAGGAAAGCAGGAAACGCCUUCGUGGUGAGCCUGGCUCUCGCCGACCUGGUGGUCGCCAUCUACCCCUACCCGCUGGUGCUGACCGCCAUUUUCCACGACGGCUGGAUCGCCGGCUACAUCCACUGCCAGAUCAGCGGCUUCCUCAUGGGCCUCAGCGUCAUCGGCUCCAUCUUCAACAUCACGGGCAUCGCCGUCAACCGCUACUGCUACAUCUGCCACAGCCUCAAGUACGACAAGCUCUUCUACAGCAACACCAUGUGCUACGUGGUGCUCGUCUGGGCGCUCACCGUCCUCGCCGUCGUGCCCAACUGGUUCGUGGAGUCGCUGCAGUACGACCCGCGGGUGUACUCCUGCACCUUCGCCCAGUCGGUCAGCUCGCUGUACACCAUCACGGUGGUGGUGGUGCACUUCAUCCUGCCGAUCGGCAUCGUCAGCUACUGCUACCUGCGCAUCUGGAUCCUCGUCAUCCAGGUGAGGAGGCGGGUCAAGCCGGACUCGCGGCCGAAGAUCAAGCCGCACGACGUCCGCAACUUCCUCACGAUGUUCGUGGUGUUCGUGCUCUUCGCCGUCUGCUGGGCGCCGCUGAACCUGAUCGGCCUGGCGGUGGCGCUGGACUCCAGGCUGAGCCGGGCGAUACCGGAGUGGCUGUUCACGGCCAGCUACUUCAUGGCGUACUUCAACAGCUGCCUCAACGCCGUCGUCUACGGCGUCCUGAACCACAACUUCCGGAAGGAGUACAAGAGGAUCGUCCUCAUCGUCUUCAAGUUCCACUGCUGAGGGCGGAGAGAGGGUGGGCGUCAACGCGCCAUUUAAAAGAAGAACUUGACCUUGAUGGAGAGAGAAAA